AUGCUCGGGAUACUCUGCCUCCUCGUAAUCCCAAAUUCCCUGAUUUUGGGCUGCUGGGGUGAAGUUGCACACGAUAAUUCAUCCCCUAAAAUCAACGUCAUUGCAGCAACUUCAAACGUUACUGGUAACGAUACAAUGGAAACGCAGACGACAAUCUGUAGAAUUUCGUCAGAUCGAAUAAUUGCGGAUGCUGAGGCGACUGUUACCAAGGUUCUUACUGGGGGGUGUAAUGCGAAAGCCAUGGACGAUCGUUUCAAGACCCUUGAGGCCCUCUUCACCCAUCGACUAACCGAACUGAAGCACCUGAUUCUCAGAAUAAUAGAGAAAGAUGUCAAUAUCGAUGAGAAUUCAAUCAAGGAAACUGUAGUUAAUCAUAUGAAUUCCCUCGAAACGGUCUCACCGAGACAACGUGAAGUAGAAGACCUCAACAAUACGAUCCACAUACUUUCAACUACUGAAGGCAUUGAGAGAGUGUUUACUCACUAUUGGAAAGUGACGGAUAUGAAAGAGAAGCUACUGAAAUGGAAAACAGGGCGUUCGUUGCGUAGUCCCACGUUUUACAUCGACAAAAGUGGAUACGCUAUGUACAUGAAAUUCACCCCCAAGUAUUUUCCGGAUGGAACUGUUUUCAUAAGCGUCGGGAUAACUCGGGGUAACUUGGAUCAUCACCUCGUCUGGCCAUUUCCGCUGAAAUUGCAGAUAGAAAUAUUGGACCACUCGGCCGAUUAUACGAGGGAAGACCGCAGAUCUCGGCUGUGGGACCCAGCCACCGUCUGCUCCACUUAUUUCUGGGGUCGACCGAGCUCAACAGGUGAUCCCGACAAUCCUGAGUGCGUUGGGCUGAGCACAGCCCGCAAGUUAUUCACCGCGAACAACAAGUACAUGUGGAAUGACAACGUAAUCAUCAAAUUGACCGUUCAUUUGUGA